UGCGAAUGCGUAUAAAAGCGCUGACCGGUGUCCAUGUCCUCAGUUGAGUACUACAGUAGUAGCAAUUCAUACAUUUCACUAUGAAAUCCUUUGUCGCUGCCCUUGCUUGUGUCGCCAUGGCUAACGCCUCUGUCCUUCCUGCUGGAUAUGGAUAUGCCAACUAUGGAUAUGCUGGAUAUGCUGGAUAUGCUGGUCUGAACUAUGCUCCUGCAGCUCUUGGUUAUGCUGGUCAGCCCCUGGCUGCUUCAGUUGCCCCCUAUGCUGGACUCUAUGCUGGAACUUAUGAUGCCUCCGUUGCAUACUCCCAGGCCUACCCCGCUGCAGAGCCCUACAUCCACGUUGAGGUCCCCGCUGAGCCCUACCUUGAGAACGAGGUCCCCGCUGAGCCCUAUGUACAUGAGGAGAUCCCCGCUGAGCCUUAUGUUCAUGAGGAGGUCAUUGAUGAGCCCUAUGUCCAUGUUGAGGUCCCCGCUGAGCCCUACAUCCACCAGGAGCCCGUAGAGGUUGUUGCUGCCCCAGUUGCUGCUUAUCACGCUGCCCCUGUUGCUGCUUACAACUACGCUGCUGCCCCCGUUGCUGCUUACAACUACGCUGCUGCCCCUGUUGCCGCUUACAACUAUGCCGCUGCUCCCGUUGCCGCUUACAACUACGCCGCUGCUCCUGUUGCUGCAUACAACUAUGCUGCGGCCGCCCCUGCUGUUGCAACCUACACCAACUUCCCUGGAGCUCAUGCCUACAACGUCCAAGCUUAUUAAGCAGAAACAGAAAGAUCAUCUAAGUCAUUCUUGAUCUCUAUUUGCAAUCCAAGUCAUAAGACCCAACCAAGAGUAUCCCCGCGACAAAUAUGGUUUCUAGUGAACACAUAGGACUACACCUAGUCAGUUUGUGAAACUAAAUUGAGUUCUGCUGUUACAAACACUGAAUAUAUUUAUUGUUGGAAAUAAAAAAUUGAAUAUGUGAA